AUGGUUUCCGUUGUCAUCUGCCUGGCUCAGCAUGGCUCCCAACCGGAUGUUGGAUGCAUCCAUGAAGACGCUAUCUAUGAACUCUCCUGUGAAGCAUAUAAACACUUGGGCAAAGCAACUGGUUCUUAUUGGAUAGAUCCAGAUGGCAGUGGUCCAUUGGAAUAUUUGAAAGUUUACUGUGACAUGACAGAAGACAAAGUAUGGACUAUUGUAAAUCAUGACCUGCAAGAGCGAACUUCUGUGGUAAGCAACAGGCCUGAGAAGCAUGCUUUGCUACAACUUAAUUACAAUGCCACCAUGGAUCAGAUCUCUGCCAUCACUGGUAGCGCUGAGUACUGUGAGCAAUUCAUUUCCUACUUCUGUAAACAGUCAAGGCUGCUGAAUACCCCAGAUGGUAAUCCAUAUACCUGGUGGAUUGGACGUGCCAAUGAAAAGCACUACUAUUGGGGUGGCUCUGGGCCAGGCAUUCAAAAAUGUGCCUGUGGCAUUGAACGCAACUGCACUGAUCCCAGAUACUACUGCAACUGUGAUGCUGAUUCUAAACAAGAGAGAAAAGAUGCUGGCCUCCUAUCUUACAAGGAUCAUCUACCCAUUACUCAAGUGAUGGUUGGAGAUAUUAGUCGGCCUGCAUCAGAUGCCAAGUUAACGGUGGGCCCUCUGCGAUGCCAUGGAGACCAGAAUUAUUGGAAUGCAGCAUCAUUCAUUUUUCCAUCUUCAUAUCUCCAUUUCUCUACCUUUCAAGGGGAAACUAGUGCUGACAUUUCCUUCUACUUCAAAACAUCAGCUCCUGAUGGAGUGUUCCUUGAGAAUCUGGGAAAUUCAGACUUCAUCAAACUUGAGCUAAAAUCUCCAACAGAUGUGACCUUUUCCUUUGACGUUGGAAAUGGCCCAGUGGAGAUCAUUGUGAGGUCACCCAGUCCACUCAAUGAUGAUCAGUGGCAUUGGGUUACUGCUGAGCGAAAUGUUAAAGAGGCUAGCCUACAAGUGGACCAGCUCCCAAAAGAAAUCCAGAAGGCACCCACAGAAGGCCACACCCGACUUGAACUUUAUAGCCAGUUAUACGUUGGUUCAGCAGGUGGACAGAAGGGUUUUCUGGGCUGCAUUCGCUCCCUAAGGAUGAAUGGAUUAACACUGGAUUUAGAAGAGAGAGCAAAAGUCACAUCAGGUGUAAAGCCUGGUUGUUCAGGCCAUUGCACAAGCUUUGAAAUGUACUGCAAGAAUGGGGGCAAAUGUGUUGAAAAAUACAAUGGAUACUCAUGUGACUGCUCCAGAACUGCAUAUGAUGGCCCCUUCUGCAUAAAAGAUGUUGGAGCAUUUUUUGAAGAGGGAAUGUGGCUACGGUAUAAUUUUUCAUCUUCAGAAAAUAAUGUGAAAGACUUAGGCAGCAGAACUCUUUUGAGCUCAAAAGAACCAGAGAACGGUGUGCUAGACCUAAGUCUAGAAAAAGAAGAGCUCAGUUUUAGCUUCAGCACUAACAAAGCCCCCUGCAUCCUUUUGUAUAUCAGUUCUUACACCCAGGACUACAUGGCAGUACUGGUGAAUCCCUCUGGAAACUUGCAGAUCCGGUACAAUCUUGGAGGCACUAAAGAGCCAUAUAAUAUCAAUGUAGACCACAGGAACGUUUCAAAUGGCCAACCACACAGUGUUAACAUCACACGAAUAGGAAAAGAAUUAACUCUCCAGGUAAAUGUGUCACAAUGGCUGUUACAGAAGGUAUAGUUAUAACACUGGUGCCAUGAAUGGUGUGUUGUAAUAAUGAAGGAAAGUAAAAUCCACAAGGAGAAGAUUAGGAAAUCUAGUCAGUCAACUGGACCACCACUACCUGUUUUUUUACUUCAGCCAUUUUUUAAAUUAAAGUAACUAUG